AUGGCAUCCAUGUCCCACAAUCAGCGCCUUGCCGCCUGGCAAGACCUAACACAAAGUCCAAGAGAUCCGGAACUUGUGAAGCUUCUUGCCAGCAGUGGCCCUUGGCCUGAUCCUCCCUUCACAGACAUACCACAGUGCCGCGGAAUUUCGGACUACGCCGAUGGCUUGCUUACAAAAGCACUCGGAUCGCCUCCAACUGGCCUACAGGAGGAGGUCCGUUCCAUUUCGACGAGUGAUGGAUACACCUCGACCGCUCUAUUGACACGGCCUGUACCAGGCUCCGAACCUGGGCCACUCAUUGUGCUGUUUCAUCCGGGAGGUUUCUUUCUCGGGAGCCCUACUAAAUUGACCAUGUAUGCUCGUCCACUCGCGAAAUUGUUUGACGCUUCAGUUCUCUGUCCUGCAUACCGUUUCGGACCAGAGCACGCAUUUCCGACUGGCAUCGAGGAUGCGUGGCAGACACUGCAAUGGGCCGCAGCUCACGCCUCAGAGCUCGGCGCAGACCCUGCCAGAGGAUUUCUUGUAGGCGGUAUCUCUAGUGGUGCCAACUUUGCAGUCGUGCUCACGCGGCGGGCUGUGGAGGUUGAACUCCAGCCUCCAGUCACGGGUACAUGGGCCCCAAUCUUCAUGGGCUUGAAGGAAGAGGAUGCGGUGCCUAGUGAUUAUAAGAAGUUUUGGAAGAGUCAUGAGCAACAUCGCGACGCGCUCGUCAUUGAUGAGAACAAAGAGGCAACCAUGUGGGACUAUUAUAAACCCCAGGCCACGUCUCCCUUGUUCAAUCCUCUAGCAUCACCUUUCGAGAAAAUCAACACGAUGCCCAAGAUCUUCCUCCAGGUUGCAGGUCAUGAUAUUUUCCGCGACGACGGACUCAUCCUUGCAUAUGCACUUCAGGAUCAUGGUGUCGAGGUGAAGUUGGAGGUGUACCCAGGAGUAUGUCAUUCGUUCUGGGUAUUCGCACCAGGCCUCACUCUUUCAAAGAAAUUCGUGAAAGACAUCGUGGAGGGUUUUGCUUGGCUGUUGGGCGCGAGCACAGAGAGCCUUGGUCAGGGCUGGGAAACGGCGAUGGCAAUGCCUACCAUUCAACUUGAAGAUACUACUUAG